AAUUGAAUAGAAUAAUAAGGUGGAAAGCAAAUCUGGUGAUUUAUUUUAUCAUUUAAUGAUUUCUGUUGUGCCUUCUCUCGUGAAGUAUGAGACGCCUGUCCUUCUUCCGAGGAUUCAGGAGGGUGGCGGGGCCUCCAGUAAGCCCAAGGCUAAAAAGGAAGCCUCACGAGGGGAAAACGACAAAGCCGCGCCGCGACCGGAGGAUGUCCUCUAUAGCAUCAUUCCUCCGAGAGAGUUUGAGCAGGAUGGGCAGCGUUGGGUGCAGUACCCCUCGAGCACGCCAGCCACGCGUCUCGAUGUGAUCAACCUACAGGAAACGCUAGAUGAGCUACUGGUGCAGCGGCAGGCGCGAGAAACGGGGAUCUGCCCGAUCCGAGAGGAACUCUACAGCCAGGCUUUUGAUGAACUUAUCCGGCAGGUUACGAUUAACUGUGCGGAGCGAGGGCUGCUGCUGCUGCGUGUGCGGGAUGAAAUCCGGAUGACGCUCGACGCCUACCGCUCAAUCUACGAGAGCAGCGCGGCCUUUGGCAUGCGCAAGGCCCUGCACGCUGAGCAGAAUCGUGUGAAGUUAGAGGCGCAAGUUUUUGCAUUGGAGCGGGAAAAGCAAGCGCUCCAACAGCAGGUGCUUGACUUGGAGGAAGAAUGCAAACAAAUGGAGGAUGCCGAGAUGCAGCGUCGUGAGGCAGUGGAACAAAAGCACGCGGAAGAAAUCAAUUACUUCCGACGGACUUACCAAACGCUGACAGCAAAUAUGCAGACAGUUGUGAACCCUACUAAGACGUAG